AUGUACGGAAUCAAUCAACCCAACCCGGAUAUUCGUUUAAAUGCAUCAGCUUUGGAGGUAAAUAACUUGGAACACUUGAAGAUUCCUCUCACUCAUAUUCUAUCAGCUACCAAUGAUUUUUCAAAUACAUACCUAAUUGCAGUUCUUGAUGACGUUCAGUUCUACCGAGCAGAAUUGGAGCAUUAUGAUAAAGAAAAUCAUUCAUCAAAGAGACAAAACACUGUAAUUAUAAAACGCUAUCCUUCUGAUAGACGUCACCAGUGCUCUGGAGAAAAAGAGUUUCUUACAGAAAUUGAAAUUCUUUCCGGUGGAGUUAAGCAUCCCAACAUAGUCACCCUGCUUGGAUUUUGUGUUGAAGAUUCUGAGAUGAUCCUUGUCAUUGACAAUUUUUCUAAUGGAUUUCUUGUUGAGUAUUUGGAAAACUUCAAAGACAAACGUGUUUUGACUUGGGAAAAACGUUUGAAAAUCUGCAUUGAUGUUGCACAUGGGUUACAUUAUAUUCACUCUCAGAUGGAAGACCAAAAGAUGAUAAUAAAUCGUGAUAUAUGUAGCGGCAACAUUGGAUUGGAUGAGAACUUGGGGGCAAAGAUUGUUGACUUUUGGUUCUCCGUAUUCCUGCCUCCAAAUCAAGAAGACGAAGCUCUCUAUUUCGAAAGUUAUAGUGGCAGACUAGGCUACAUAGAUCCAGAAUACAAGAACACUUACAAGUUAAAAAGAGAAUCAGAUGUUUAUGGUUUCGGAAUAGUCUUGUUUGAAAUUCUAUGUGGGAGAUUAGCCAAUGACCCAAUAUACCAUAAGGAGAGUGACAUAGGGUUGGCCCAUGUAGCAAGACGAAUCUUCAGCACAGGAUCACUAGAAGAGUUGAUAGAUCCUAUAAUAAAGGAAGAAGUUGGUGAAAACAAUUUUGUUCUAAACAGAGGACCCAACAAGGAUUCUUUGCACACGUUUACUACAAUUGCACACCAAUGUGUGGCUGAAACUCAAGACCAACGCCCAAAAAUGGAAGUCAUAGUCAACGAACUUGAGAAAGCAUUAUUCUUUCAAACAAACAACAAGGACAACCCCAAACUGUUACUUGAAGACAUAAAGCAAGCGACACAAAACUUUCAUAAUGAUAAUUGGAUCGGGGGAGGAGGAUUUGGAAAAGUCUAUAAAGGAAAUCUUCAACAUGGUGAUGGAUUUAAAACCAUUGUUGCAAAGCGAUUGGAUACGAGGUUUGGUCAAGGGGAACAACAAUUCUUGAGUGAGCUACAAAUUCUUUUGGAUUAUAAGCACGAGAAUGUGAUUGGUCUUGUAGGCUACUGUGAUGAAAAUGAUGAAAAAGUCAUUGUUUAUGAAUAUGCAUCCAGAGGAAGUCUUGAUAGGUAUUUGAAUGAUUCUUCUCUUACAUGGGUGAAACGGCUUAACAUAUGCAUUGAUGUUGCAAGGGCGUUAGAUUUCCUACACGGAGGAGGUGGAAAACAAGCGAAGGUGAUACAUAGAGACAUCAAAUCUGAUAACAUAUUACUAAACCAUGAUUGGAAAGCAAAACUUGCUGAUUUUGGGCUUUCUUUAAUAAGUCCAUUAACUCAUGAAACAGACUAUGUCUUCGAUCAUGCAUGUGGCACACUAGGAUACUUGGACCCAGGUUACAGAAAAUCAGGAUUCUUAACUAUAGAAUCUGAUAUUUAUUCAUUUGGUGUGGUACUAUUUGAGAUGUUGUGCGGGAGAUCAACGUUUAUAACCCACAAGCAUGAGGGUCACUAUCUAUCAGAUUUCAUUAGAAACAAAUUUGAUAAAGGAAAGCAAGAUGAGGUAGUGUUCCAGCAAAUAAGGGAACAGAUGGAGCCGAAAUCAUUAACUACAUUCCAAAAGAUUGCCUACCAGUGCCUACAUCACGAAAGAGAAGAACGACCGACAACAAAAGAAGUUUUAAUGCAACUUAAGAAAGCAUUGGCAUUACAAAACAUGACAUCAACAAUGACCAUGUUCGCUUCCUUACGAAUCCCACUUGAAGAUGUAGUAAAGGCCACCAACAACUUUCAUGAUGAUUACAUUAUCCAACAUGAUGGAAUUAGUACCACAUAUAAAGGACGGCUCUUGUGGUCUGGAAAGUUGAUGAAGAUUGCUGCACAGAGAUUUGAUUGUAGGCACGUGGAAGGAGACCUCAAGUUUUUGAACGAAAUUUCCGUACUUGCGGAUUUCAAGCAUACAAAUCUGGUCUCUAUCAUUGGGUUCUCUGAUGAGAAAGAUGAAAAGAUCAUCAUAACCACGUAUGAGGCCACUGGAAGUCUCGAGCAGUAUAUAAACAGCCCGAACCUUACAUGGAAGCAAAGAUUGAGGAUAUGUGUAGGUCUGGCUCAGGCAUUGAGUUACCUCCAUUAUGAUGAGGGGUGUGAUUAUGGUAUCAUACAUUGUAAAAUCACUAGCGACACAAUUCUAUUGGAUGCGAAUGGGGAAGCCAAGUUAUCCGGUUUUGAAUUUUCCAUCAAACAGUCUGUAAACUAUAAGGACCAGGUGUGCCCUUGUGAACACACUGGCACAAUGGGGUAUGUGGACCCAGCAAUUGAAAAGACGGGAGGUGUGACCCACAAGUCGGACAUCUACUCAUUUGGUGUUGUUUUAUUUGAAACAUUGUGCGGGAGGAAAGCAUUAAUUCAAAAUGAGGCUGAGAUGUCUCUAGCUCAGUUGGCCAAGUAG